AUGUCACAUCCGCUCGUGGCAGCCGUGUGGGAACAGCUAGGACGCCGUGAUCUUGCCAACAUACUACGUGAAAUUAUCGGGGAGCAUGCGCUCGACAUCGCGCUCUACCAACAGGAUGCCCAGGCCCCGGUCGAGCCGCUCAUCCGGUCCGUCUUCUGGAUCAAGACCAUUUUCGAUGCCCAGCGAACCUACCUCCAGGGUCUGAGCAGUGUUCGCGACUGCCACCCUUACUUCCUACCCUAUCUACUACCAUCCGAAAGUGUCUUCUCGGCUCUGAUGUACUUGGUCAAGAUUAAGAUUGAGCUCUUCCCCUGCCCCAAGUCGACAGAUGGGGAUCUCAUCCGAUACAGGCUCCUCAUCGCGCAUACACUACUCGUGGGUAUUCGAGUCCUCCUGCUGCGCGGGGAGACGAUAGAUACCGACCGGAAGUUUAAGUUGGAGCGAGCAAUGAGAGCGGCUUGGCGAAACCCGGACCUGUCAAAUGUCGAGCGAUUCUUGAUCACCGACCUCCUCCCAAAGGCCAUUGCUAGGAUCGGAUCAUCGGAUCUGUCAGCGACCCAGGCGUUUCUAUUGGACAGCGGAAAGCCUUAUCUUCCUCCCUUCGCGACGGGUCUUUAUCCGCUUACGGGGGCGCCAGAUAGGCUUAUCACUGACCUUUUGACGGGCGUGAUGAAGAAUGAUGCGGAUCAAUUGGUUUCUUUCUGUCUCCUACUCGAUAUUUUAUGGGCAGUUGACUCGGCUGUCAUCCAAUGUCACAUCGAUCGCCGUCGGGUCUCCCAAGAGCAAGGCUACACGAGCCCUGCGGCUUACCAAGUCGAUGAGGCCUGUGACCAAGCACAAGACAUUAAGAAGAAGCUCACGAGGACGAUGCUGGCUGCCUUUGACGAUGAGUUUAAUAAUGCGCCUCUUCGAAUCUUUGCGACUAUAAUUCUGAGUCAGACUGCUGGAGAACACCCGCCAUUGCAGACACGGAGAAUCCGAGAUACUUGGUCCCAGAUGUCCCCUAUCCGGAACUCAUGGGAGAAGGCCUCGGGUCAGUUCGUACGGUGGCUCAUCAAUCGCAGAGUUCAGCUGUGGGACUGCAACGGAGAACUUGAGGCCUUUUCCCACGAUUACCAACAACACCUCACUCAAUGGCUGCAGAGCUCGUCUGCUAGUGAGGUGGAUCGGAAAGCGCAAUUGAAAACAGGACGAUCUAGUGCUGUCUACGUUGUCAACUGUCCUGCAGUACACCCGGUACCCGGAACACUACUGGAGGAGAGCUUAAGGAGCCAUGACAAGAGAGCAUACGAGCAAUUACAGGGAAACCCCGACUUUCUGACGAUGAAUAUCGAUUGCCCCCUCUGCCCGGGUAAUAUCAAAAUACAGCAUGCCCGAAUGAUUGAGCCUCUCGAGCAGUUAUCAGAUGCCCUGCAUUUCCUGUCAGACUCGGAUGCUGACGGACGCGAUUCCCUUCCGACCUCAAGAGAUACCACAUCCUGUUCCAGCUCGCUCAGUCAUUCAACCAGUCAGUCGUCACGGCUCGAGUCCACGGAACUGUCCAAACGCCCAAUCUCGCCUCCAACAUACCCAGCUGCAUUGUCGAAAGUGACAAGCAAACAGCCGAUGGCCACCACGUCGGAGGUCUUCACUCCAAUCUUAUCGCGUAGCAGGACGGACCAGACCUUUGACAGGCAAGCGAUCAAGACCCUUUCCCGAGACCUCAAGAAUGUCAAGUUGCCCUUUGCUGGUGGCACAGGCCUGUUCCGGAAAAAUUCUUCGAGGGGACACCAGUUACCUCGCCAGCCCCGAUUUUGCUUCUCAACCUCGGGGAGCUGCCUGCUCUUCUGGGGUGCAGGCAGCAACUGGGUGAUGAGAUUUGAAUUAGGCGUAGGCGAUGGCAAGAAGCCCAAGGGGCAUAAGUAUGACAUUCCUGGCGUGCAGCAAGCUGCAGCAGGAGACCAGAGAUGCGCCGUCAUCGCUUCCGUUGGACAGCACUACGAACUCAUCGUGUUCGAGAACGACAGCGACGUCCCACAAGCUUACCUUACUAUCGAAACCGAGAAUCGGUCUUUCCCCAUCACCUGUAUGGUUAUGUCCCGCAACGAUAGAUACGUCGCCUUUACUCUUCAGGACCAGGUUCGAGUGUACGAGAUAUGCACACGUACCAUCCAGAGGGUCUCAUUGGGCAGUGGGAUGGGUCGGUUGUCGGACUUUGGUGACCGAUCUGUGAUGGGCGCGUCGCCCAGUGCAAAGGGGACUGCACACGAAUCAAAGAGACAAGAAGCCAUCAUCGAGAGGAAACUUCAAUUUUCCGCGGACGGGAAGCACUUCGUCAUCGCUACUCAUCUCGGAGACCACUACGCAUAUGUCGAUGUGUGGAACUGCACCUUUCAACAAUGGAGUAUCGUCCCUGACAAGUCAAAGUCGUUCAAGCUUCCACCGUGGACGAGCAAUGAUGGAGACUUUACUGGAGUCUUCUAUGACAGUACCCAGCAUGCGGUUCUUCUGACGGCCUUCUUUGCGAAAGAAUACCCGUCGUUUUUCUCCAUGGCGGACGACAAGAUUGUGAACGACUCUUUCAGCGCCAGAGUCGUGCACGCAGCGCAGUCACCAUCUGGAACUCGAUUUAUUCUCGCAAACGGCAUGCGCCAGAUGUAUGUGUGCGAUUCGAAGGCCCAUGGGCGCCUCAAGCAUUCGCUAGCGAAAAAAGCCGCCUCCAAGAUCAACGAGUCCUCAUUCCGGCCCGGACAAUUGGCUGUGUCCUUCCCCCAAGAGACUGAGGCACUUGCUUUCUGGGUUAAAUCGGGCAAGCUGCUGCUGAGGACGAUCCGGAUGCAGGACGGCAUCGAGGCAACCAGCGACUAUGAUCUGCGAUCCGAUUUCGACCGGCUGGCAGUCGAACGACCGCUGGCUGCUGACUUCCAUACACAACGCCGGCGGCACUCAUUGCUAUCGAGCGAGCUGGUGGCGGAGAUUGACGGUUUGCCGUCCAUCCCCCGUCCGGAUUUGCCAGAGUUGUCGUCGAUGUGA